AUGCAGAGCAAGAACAUCAAGGCAAUCGAUGCCUCGUCUGUGCAUCGGAUAUGCUCGGGACAGGUCAUUCUGGAUCCAUCAUCUGCUCUCAAGGAGGUGGUGGAGAAUGCAGUUGAUGCUGGAGCAACCAAGGUUGAUGUCAAGCUGAAAGACUACGGGUUGGAGGUGAUCGAGGUGUGCGACAAUGGUUCGGGCAUCUCUCCGGGAGACUUCGAGCUUCUGGCCUGCAAGCACACAACUUCGAAACUGAGGAGGUUCGACGACCUCAACAGUCUCACCACCUUCGGUUUCCGCGGCGAGGCUCUGAGCUCGCUGUGCGCCAUCUGCGAGAAAGUGACGAUAACCACGAGAACGGCGAACGAAGUGAUCGCCACCAAGUUAGAGUAUGACAAGAAUGGCAAGCUGCGGGGCUCUUCGACGUGCGCUCGAGAAGUUGGCACUACAGUGACGCUGGAUACGAUCUUCAAGGCCCUUCCUGUGAGAUACAAGGACUUCCAGAAGAACAAGACUCGAGAGUUCCAGAGGCUGACAAGGAGGCUGCAGGCGUACGCGAUCAUUCACAGUGAUGUCCGCAUCACUUGUGUCAACCAGACGCCCAAGGGGAAAGCUUCUGUAUUCUCAACCCCUGGGAACAACAGCAUGUUGGACUGCGUCACCAGCAUCUACGGCGCAAAGCAAAAGGACUCUCUGACGGCAAUCGAGCUGAGGGGUGAACAUGUCACCUGCUCUGGGUACAUCUCCAAGGCCAGCUCGGGAUGUGGUUUGAGCUCGGGAGACAGGCAGUUUCUUUACCUGAAUAAGCGACCUGUCGAUAUCCCUAAGUUGUCCAAGGCGAUCAACGAGGUUUACAAGAUGUACAACAUGCACCAAUAUCCCAUCUACUUCUUGAACAUUCAACUGUCGACAGACACCUAUGAUGUGAACGUGACCCCCGACAAACGGCAGAUCAUGUUUCACGAUGAGUCUCGACUCAUUGAGUUCGUCAAGGAGAACCUUCGGAACCUGUUCGAGCCUUCGCGUAACAACAUCCCGUCUCCAACAGCGAGUGUAGAACUCCUACAUCCGAGGAAUGGGCACGUCGAUCAACCGGAGCCGACGGGAGAGACAACGUUGCAGGUUGAGGCAGAUUGGGAAGCAGUGAAGCAAAAGCUGCGCAAGGAUGCAGAAGAAGGUUCAGAGGCUACGGAGAAACUCAAGAGGGAAGGGCGGAAGAGGAAGAGGAGGAACUACGAGGACGCGGUGACAAACCUGCACGAGCGGGUGAUCUCCAAGAGCGACUUCACCCGCAUGAAGAUACUCGGCCAGUUCAACCUAGGCUUCAUCAUCGCUCGACUCGACUCCGACCUCUUCAUCCUCGACCAGCACGCGUGCGACGAGAAGUACAGGUUCGAGCUCCUGGAGCAGACGACCAGCUUGAAGAGUCAACCUCUCGUCGUGCCCAAGGAGCUUGAGCUGGAGGCUGCAGACGAGAUGCUCGUCCAGGAGAACCUGGAUGUCUUCAGGGCCAACGGCUUCGAGCUCAAGAUCGACGAGGAGGCGCCGCCGACGAAGAGGGUGAAGCUGACGUCCAUCCCAUUCAGCAAGAGCACAGUCUUCGGUCCUGCCGACGUCCAUGAGAUGCUCUGCUUGAUGCGCGAGGACUCGGGCUCUGCCCAAAGACCUUCUCGAGUUCGGGCUAUGUUGGCGUCUCGAGCUUGCCACUCGGCUGUGACCAUCGGGAAGCAUCUGACAAGACAGCAGAUGCGAGUCAUCGUCGAUCACAUGAGCAGCAUGGAGCAGCCUUGGAACUGUCCGCAUGGGAGGCCGACCAUGAGACAUCUCUUCGACUUGGCGGAGGUGGAGGAGGAGCAUGAAAAGUUGAUCUACGAGGGUCCAGCUGUUGUGCGAUGA